CCCCGCUUUCACUUCUUUCUUCUUCUUCUUCUUCUUCUUCUUCUCCAUGCUAAGCAUCUCUCCUGUGCUUGGACAGCGGCUGCAUUGAUGCAAAAUGGGCUGUGGCAAUUCCUCAGUCACCAGCAACGCUGGAGGGGGGCCAGCAGAGGCCUCCAAAGACGUGACAGAAGAAUCCACUGUAGAUGAUGAGAAAAGAAGGAACUAUGGUGGGGUGUACGUGGGUUUACCAGCAGAACUGGCAACAGUGGCUGAGAGUCAGUCCAAGUCCACUCAUAAAGAUUAGAAGUCAGAGCAUGAAAAUGAACAAACACAGGAGCCUGAACAUUCUUUCACCUACAGAGACUCAAAUUAUAACCACGGAACUGCUGUGAUGACUCAUCGCAGUCCAGUGACUUGAGACUGUAAUGCUCUCACUGAGUGAGGACGUGAACUGAACCUGCCGGUCUUCUCUCAGAGACCUGGAAGGGUUCAUGGCUGCGAGCAUCUACCAUCACUGUCAAACUUCAUUUGAACAAAAAAAAAAAAAGAAAGAAAAAGAAAACUUUAGCCUGGCAGCUGUUGGACUUGACUGUAGCUCCUCAUUUACAGCCCUGAAUGUUGUCUAAGCCGCACAAAGGGUCGUGGACUAACUGUUUGAAUGCUUGAAACGUACGUGUGCUGUAGCUCCCCUUUUGCAAUAUUAACAAUAAGCCCUCCAUGGUUUCCCUAAAGCUUUAUUAAAUUUUCAUUGUUUCAUGGGAAGAGAUAAAACGAGAACCAAAAGUGAAAGAGAAAGAAGGAAAAAAACCCUGCACAUUAGUGGUACCCAGUCACAUAACAACAAUGUGUUACAUAGUUAGACCCUCUUAGCAUCCAAAUAGUACCACUGAGAAAAGUCAAAGAUGUUUUUACCUUAUUCCUAAUGGAGCAACUACCCAUUAAAAUUUAUGUAACGUCAGGGCUAAUGUUGAAAUCGACAAAGAUCAUUUCUGACUCUUUCUCUCUUGGAUCAAAUUUUCUUUCUCUCUCUCCCAGUGAACUGAAAGUGCUUUGAGGCAAUGGACGUAGCUCAUGUAAUUGUUCUCUGGAUAAACACAAGCAAUAUAAAUGUGCAUCUCACAAAACAAAUUGGAGCCCACUGUACACGUAACAGCAGAAAAUACAGAAAAACCUUCGUUCGUUCAUUUACAGCUACAGAAACCACAGACUGACAGCAGCUGAAGUCAUGUUUUAAAAUGUUUAAAGUUUUUUAUAAAAUAUACUCUUUAUAUUACAGUUAAUGUGAAUGUUGUCUCCACUUCAAGGCUGUUGCUCACCGCAGUGUGUACGUCUUCAGCUGCAAUGAUUUUUAUUAAAAACACGGUCUGCGCCGUGUAGAAAUGUUUGACCGUUUUUGUAACUUUACAAGUUCUUGUCAAACGAAGGUUGAAUGUUAGUGAAAAACAUAUGGGGUAAAAAAAAAAA